UACGCACUAAAGAAAUUUCCUUUUGUCCCAAUUAUUAGGUUGUCUUUCGUUAUCUGCACGUAGUUGCUGUAUCUAAUGUUUAUGCAAACAUGAAACCUAAUCUGUCAAAUGUUGUGGUCUUUACCUUCAGUCGCCUUCUAACUGUCGUAGAAUACAUUUCGUUUGCAUUGAAGUCUUAAAGCGUAAAAGAAAAAGCAUAUCCGACUUAUAACGCUGUAUUGUUUUAAAAAAGGCAACAGUGAUAUCGCAACCGGGAUUUACAUCGUGUAUGGGAGUGGUACUACAAGUGUUCAGACAGUUCGUAGUUGGUUUAGAAGGUUUAGAACUGGUAAUUUUAAUCUGGAAGAUGAAAAACGCAACGGCCGCCCAUCCAUUACGUAUACGAAGAAAGUGAUAUAUAAUACCACAAACGAGAAAUAGGUUCUGAUAAUAUGGAACUCAAUAGGUUCUUGUAUGUGCUAGCAUGCAACCAAACAGGGUAGAUUCCUAACCUUAAGCUUAAAUAUAUAGGUUUUUGUAUAUGUAAAUUGUAAACAAAUAGGGCAGAUUCCUAAUUUUAAGGGUUCUUGUAUAUGCUAACUUAUAACUUAUUGUACAUGCUAACGUUUUCCUCAGCACUUGGCCGCAUGGUGCAGCACCUGUACUGUAAAACAAUUAGAAUUACGGGCUCAGUACUCUCAUUUCCUCUCUGUUACGAUAUAACAACUCCCGAUAUUAAAAGCAAUUACCCCUCUACUGGAGUUUCCAGACCUAUGUAUACGAUCGUGAUUUCGUUAAUGCUUUCAGUUUUCAGGUAUUUAUCCAAAUUUCCAUCCAAAUUUGUUUAGAAGACCGUCUUUGGAAAAGCUCUGUUCGGAUAUCGUAGUGAGAUCACGUCGCUCGUGUGCAUCGAGCCUACACAGUGUCUAAUAUAUAAACAUAUAUAAAAACAGAAGAUGGAUCUGUAUGAAUUAAUUGGUAUAGAAAGAACAGCUUCUGUUCAAGAAAUUAAGAAAGCAUAUCGUAAGAAAGCUCUGUGUUGCCAUCCUGACAAAAAUCCAGAUAAUCCAAAAGCAGCUGAAUUAUUUCAUGAAUUAUCACGAGCCUUGGAGAUUCUUAUUGAUACAUCUGCUCGGGCAGCUUAUGACAAAGUUAUUAAUGCUAAGUAUCAACAAAAAUUACGUGCCAAAGAAUUUGAUUUAAAACGCAAAAAAUUGAAAGAAGAUUUGGAAGCACGGGAAUUUGCUGAAAAGUCUUUGAAUACAGAUAAUGAGAAAUUACAGGCUGAGAUAGAGCGAUUGCGAAAAGAAGGAUCAAAGCAAGUACAGGAAGAAAUAGCACUUAUGAAUAGACACAUUGAAAAACAAUCAAAAGUAGUUUACAAGGAAUCAGAAACUAACAGUGAUUCUUAUAGAUUAAAAGUGAAAUGGAAGUCUCAUAAAGAUCAGACCAACAAUGACGGAUAUGACUAUAAUACGUUAUAUAGAAUUUUCUCAAAGUAUGGAAAAAUAAUUGCUCUUGUUAUUUCCUCCACAAGAGAAGGCAGAGCAUUAGUAGAGUAUCAAAAAAGAAGCGAUGCUGAAAUGGCUCUAAACUAUGAAAUUGGUUUAGCUCAAUAUCCACUUAAACUUCAGAAGUUAUGGGACAAAGAGGAAAAAUCAAACAUUUCUGCCACAGAAACUGCUUAUAAUGAUGGUAAUUUUACGAAGCACAUGGUAGAUCAAAGUAUGUUUGAUAUUGAACAAUUUGAACAUUCUGUAUUGAAUAAUUUAAAGAAAGCUGAAGAAAGAAAAAGAUCUAUAGGAAAACAGGACACGAUGGAAAGCACUUGAUUAAAUAUUUUUAUGUUGAUUAUACUGUUCUUAAGUUUUUAUUAUGCAAAUUGUUACAACUUGCACCUGAAUAGCAAAAUUAUAUUAUAGACAUAUGGAAUAUGGACUGAAAGAUAUUGAAGCAUAUUGUAUAUAUCUAUAUCGUUAAAAUAAGUAAUAAAAUUUAUACACAAAAGUUUUACAGAUAUUCUAAUA